GGAUAGCUGCGAGCCGGUCAUAUUUCCCACAGAUAUCACACACUCUGCUGCAUGUUGUAGUUUGACACAAGAAGCUCGAUGUCUGUGGCAAAUGCGAAACACACUGUUCUGAAUCCGGUGAUCCCAUACACAGGGCCCAUACCUGGAGGCCUGCACCCUGGGGAGAUCAUAAUCAUCCAGGGCACUGUGGCCCCAGAUGCUGACAGGUUUCAGAUCGACCUGUCGAGCGGAUGCAGCACUAAGCCACGCUCUGACGUCGCCCUCCACUUCAGCCCUCGCUUCAAAGGCUCGCCCUGCGUGGUGUGUAACUCCCUGCUGCAGGAGAGCUGGGGCAAAGAGGAGACGCUGCAUCAGCUGCCCUACAAACGCGGGGCACCCUUUGAGACCAUCAUCUUGGUACAUGAAGACAUCUUUAAGGUGGCAGUAAAUGGUGCCCACCUGCUGGAAUACAAGCACAGAAUCCCACUGAACAGGGUUGACAUGUUUUCUAUUUCUGGGAAAGUCAGGGUACACGCAAUUGGCUAUAUCCCAAACUCAGCAAUAUAUUCAGAAUCAGGUGACCUGAGCCUCCCUUACAAAGGCAGUAUACUCAAAGGACUGAACCACGGGCAGCACAUCACAAUCAAAGGACAGGUCAGCAUGUAUCCUCACAGUUUCACCGUCAACCUCCGUAACAGCGGGACAGAGAACAUUGCUCUUCAUUUGAACCCCCGCAUGAAGUCCGGUGUGUUCAUCAGGAACUCGUACCUGGGUGAAUCGUGGGGUCAGGAGGAGCGGGAGCUGCCCUUCUUCCCCUUCUCUUCAGGGGAUUACUUUGAGAUACUUAUCCUCUGUCAGCCCCAUCAGUUCAAGCUGGCAGUGAACGGCUCACACUUGUUUGAGUUCAGACAUCGGGUGCAGGACCUGAGCAGCAUCGACCAGCUGGAGAUCAUGGGAGACCUGGAGCUCACCGAUGUCAAACUGUGGUGACUCGGAGCUCAAGACUCACACAAGCCAGCGUUACAGGCACAUUUUGGUAAAUCAAUGCUACAUUAGCUUAGCCACAGUGACCCAGAUGAUGGAUGGAUGCUUAAAUCAAUCUGCAGGUCUCUGAUAUUAAGCUAGUCUAGCAUUGUUUUGGUGAUGGAGGAUCAGGGAUACUGUAGGUCCUGCCAUGGACUAAAAGGUUGGUGUUUCCAGCUCUGGCUAGAAGACUGAUGCAUGAUAGUUAGCUGUGUUGGAGCGUCAGGCUGUGAGCCACCAUGACUGUUUACGGCUACAAGCUACAAAAACCUUGGUUCAUUUCUAUACUGUCUCUAGUGCAUCUCUGCUGUGAUACACCCUGUUUAGUGCACUGUACAUUUAAAAUGGAGAAUAUGUCUAAAUGUUAAUCAGCGUUUUAGCUCUGGCUUUGCUUAAAUGCCAAGACUGUCAGCAAUUCUUCAAUAAAGAAUGAAACUGAAGGUUUCAUUUUUUAGUGAGGCCAAACUAAGACUAAUUUAUUGUACAGCUAAUUUAAAAUCACUUCAAAACAUUUCUCAUAAAUGAUUAGUGGUCCUAAUUUAUUUAUUCCAAAAAUUUUAAGAUUAAUGUGCAGUUUUCAUCUACAAAUUUUAUAAAUGAAAUUGUCAUUUCAUUGAGUGUGCCUCUCUGUAGGA